AAAGAGAACCCCGCAUCGCGAGAGGCAGGGACGGAACGGACGGCGCGAGAAGCAAAAGACAACGAGACCUCAUCUAUCCUUUGUUCUGCUUCCGAGUGCUAACAAGGGCAAAGGAGUGGCUGCUUCUCUUUUGCGCGGUCGGAGAGCUCAUUCGCGGUACCGAGCGGCGAACUCGGCGACGGGCAUCUUUGCAAGAAUGGCCGCCUCUGCCCCGCUGCGCCUCGUGCGCAGCCUCGUCUUUCUCGUCACCUUUCUCGCCAAAGUCGGCAUUCUGUCCCCUUACUGGCUCCUCCGCGCCGUCCUCCACCGCAAAUCUAAGGGCGGGCCCAAUGUUCUCCAGCUGUACAUGGACCAGGUGGUGAAGCACGCGCUCGUCGGCCAGGCCGCGUACAAGGUGCAGGCAGGCCCGUGGACGAGCGCGCCGUGGGCGUGGACGGACAGGCUGCAGGGACGGCAAUUUGCCUUCGUCGAGCCGGCCAAGGAGACGUUCAAGGAUGAGAAGCUGCCCAGACGGCUGGACGAGGUCGAGAGGACGAGGCGGAGCGCUGGAUUUUGGUACCUGAACCCCAAGGAGAGGGGAGACUGCCCCAGCAGGACAAAGAAGGCCAGGCGCUCACCCUGCGUCCUCUAUUGCCACGGCGGUGCAUACAUUACGCUGGCCGCGGGCGAUGCGGCCAUGGGAGGCACACUGGCUGCGAACCUGUCCAAGUGCGCAGAGGUCGACGUCUUCACCCUCGACUACCGCCUGGCACCCGACUCGCGCUUCCCCUCGCAGGUCUACGAGGUCCUCUCGGCCUUUCGCCACCUGCAGUCGCUCGGCUACGAUCGCAUCUUCCUUGGCGGCGACAGCGCGGGGGCCAACCUGGUCCUUGCCUUUUGGCGCUAUGUCGACCACAUUCUCGGCGAACGUCAAUCCAUCGCCGGUCUUCUCCUCAACUCUCCCUGGCUCGAUCUGGCCGGAUAUGACACGGCGGCGUUCCAGCAGGCCGCGACGCGGGAUCUCAUUGCACGCUACUUUGUCGAGACUGGCUCCAAGGCGCUGGGCAUCGCGAAUCUGCACGACCCCUUUGCCUCGCCCAUCGUCUGGUCCGAUGCCGACCUGGCUGCGCUGCCGAGCCUGUACGUCAUUCACGGCGGCGACGAGACGCUCCUCGACGAAGGCACCCGCUUCGUCGAGCGUGCGCAGGCCCAAGGCAUCGAUGUCACACAUGCAGUCUAUGACGGGUACCCGCACGACUUCUUCUCGCUCCCGUACUAUGGCGGCAUGAGCAAGCGGACCUUCCGUGCAGCCAAGACAUGGUUCCACCGUGCAGAAAGGGCGUAGCUCUCCCUCUCUCUCUCUUUCCUCCCUCUUUUGUACAUACCAGUGUAGUAGUGGCUUUGUCGCGGUCAGCGGGUGACAUGCUCCCUAGGGCAAAUCAAAAUAAAUAAAAAGCCUCA